AGAAUCGUCAUAUUUGGCGGGUUUCCAUAGAGAGUUCGCCAAAAUAAUGAUUUCUCUUAGAGAAUCAUUAUUUUUGACAGGUUCUUAUAAUGGGUCUGCCAAAAUAAUGAAUUCUCUUAGAGAAUCAUUAUUUUUAACCAGUUCCCAUAGCGGGUCCGCCAAAAUAAUGAUUUCUCUUAGAGAAUCGUCAAAUUUGGCAGGUUCCUAUAGAGAGUUCGCCAAAAUAACGAUUUCUCUUAGAGAAUUGUUAUUUUUAAUCAGUUUCUAUAGUGG